AUGUUUAUAACUGAGUUAGAAAUUCAUAAUAUAGGUGAAUGUAAGCACGCUUUUUUAAAGUUUGCCAAUAAUUCACAGAAAUCACCACUUUACCUGGUGAACUCUUCGCUUAAAUGUGAAAUUAUUAGCUUGGCCUUGCAAUUAAUAUGUGGCACUAAGUAUGGUCGUUGCUGGGACCUGCAUGAAAUACGCCACAAAAUUGUUGGCGGCAAAGUAAGACUCACAUUUACUUUGCUGAAACAGACAACGCAGCAGAAUACGGAGACUGAAAGUUCUGAGUUACAAGAGCACAGCAGUGAUAGUGAUGUUCCCUGUACUUCGAAGCAAGCACGCGAAAGGCUUGAACGUCGCUUGGAAAGACGCCGGCAAAGUAAAAGGCAACAAAGGUCGAUGGUAAUAAAUGCUUGCCGGGAUUUUACUGUGGAUCCGGAUCUUAUAGUUUACACUGUUAACGGUGGUCCGACUAUGGAAUGUUCAGCUUUAGUAUUUCAAGUACGUUUUUUCACCUGUACCGAUGUUAUAUUUCCUCGUCUAAAGAAUAUUAGUCAUGGCGAGUACUGCAAUGGCCGGUGGCUGGAUAUGUUGUCUAUGGAGUUUGUGGAUAAGGAUAAAGAUGGCAACAAACUCCUCAAAGAAUUUUGCAAAUUAUACGCCCAACGUAAACUUCCACAAAAUGAAGUGCUUUCCCAACUGACCACUUCCGUUUUAACUGCCCGAAAUUUCUUAAAUAAUUCCCGCUUAUCUCAUUUGUUGAAUAUUUUCAAUGACAUACGCUGGGUAUUUGAGUAUAUAACCUGUUGCGAAUACACAGUCUGGUUCUUGCUGCCUUCGGUAUUUGGCAAUUUAAAGGACAUAAGUGAAAUUACCACAGAAAAUAUAGAUUUUGAUUUAAUGAAAACUAAUAUACAACUAAAAGGCACACAGGCUAAUCCGGUGCCCUGGACUCAGGCGGAGAAACAUGUUCAGGAGUUGUUAUUGGUGGCAGUACAAUUGUCAUUUGGUUAUCAUUGUCAGCAGAAUAUUAUUUAUUUGCAUAGCUUGAAUUAUCUGGAGCAACAUCAAAGUUUUGAAUUCUUAAAUUACUCGUUAAUACAAUCGAUGGAAAAUAGAGAGUUAUUUUUUACUAAAAACUACUUCCUGCGUAUUUGUAAUGUCUGCCACAAAUUGAAUAUUUGUUGUGUUUUGGAAUAUUGUGGUGGUUUGCCUUUUUAUCCCAUCCAAGCUUAUGUUAUUUUUAGCAACUGGCUGGAGGCUUCUAAAGAAUGGCAAUUAUGUGUCAAAGAUUAUGCUACAAGCCGAGAAACAUGUUCGACCAGAGGUUAUAGUUUUAUGCAGCUGCUUAAAGACAAUUUAAAAUAA